UAUCCCAGAAUGCCCUGCGGGGAAACGGACUGUAAACACAGCAGUUGUUAGCUAGAGCUCACUAGCUGCUAUCUAACGUUACGAGGCCUUGCUAUUCCUAGACCAUGUAGCUAAGUGGAUGCCGGUUAGAAGCCAAUUACUCGAGAUGGAUGCCUUUUUGGGAUCUCUGCAAGACCAUGACGUGAGCUCUGUCCUGACGUCCUGUGAGCCCGAGCUGCAGGAGCUGAUGAGACAGAUAGACAUCAUGGUGAACCAUAAGAGGACAGAGUGGGAGGCAGAGAUCCAUGCCAUGGAGCUGCGUCUGCACAGCGGAGAAGAGGAGCUCCUCUCAGCCAGAAAUCUCAUAGACCAAAAGAACUCAGAGGUGGGGUUGCUCCGCAAGCAGCUAAAUGAGGUCCAGACAGGGAAGCAAGAGCUGGUCAUUAAAUAUGAGGAACAACUGCAGCGUGUCAAAGAUGAGUUGUCUAAGCUGAAGCACAGCUACCAGAAGCUUCAGAGUAAACAGCUGAAGGAGUCUCGUGAAGGAGCCAAGAGCCGCGAGGAGGACCGGACAGAGGUGACCCGCCUCAAUGGAAAGAUAGAGGAGUUCCGUCAGCGGUCAGCAGAGUGGGAGAACCAGAGGAUGCAGUACCAGAAGCAGGUGUCUUCCCUGGAGACGCAGAGGAAGGGUCUGGCCGAGCAGUUCACUAAUAUGAAGUCCCAGGGAGCAGCGUGGCUACAGGACCCAGGAGGAGGGCGUGCCGGGCAGGCAGAUCUGCAGAGGCUGAGGGGUCAGUUGGAGAGGGCCCAGGAUACACUGCACUCCCAGGAACUGGAGCUGGAACGACUCAGACACCUCCAGGAGCAGCUGAGGGGAGAGCCCAGGAGGGGACCGCAUGUGCUGACAGAGGAGAAUGAGGGCCAGAAGCAGCAGUUCUGUAAUGACCUGUCCAAGCUGACCAGGGCCCUGCAGGCUAAAGAACAAGUCAUCCGGUCUCUAGAGGAGUGUCUAGGAGCCCAGGAGAGAGGUGGCUCAGGACUACAGCUCCUCAGACAGGACCUAGAGAAGACUACUACCAAGCUACACUCUGCCCAGGCCUGUGAGGUCCACCUGAAGACUGAUCUAGCCAGACUCAGAGACAGACUGGAGACUAUGAGUAGACAGAGAGGAGAGUUGGUCACGAGAGAAACGGAGCUAAAGCAUAUCAAGGAAGAGAGGAGUCGCUCUGUAACUGAGGUGAAACGGCUGCGCGAGGAGCUGGCGAGGGCGGAGCAGACGCGCUGCUGGGAGGUGGAGAGCAUGAGGAAGGAGGUGUCCCAGAUGACCAAUGAGCUGCACCAGCGUGACAUCACCAUCGCCACCCUCAGUGGCUCCGCCUCCAGCGUGGAGCGCCAGCUAAGUGGCGAGGUGGAGAGGGCAGAGCGCCGGGCGGCUGAGCUCAAGGUGACUCAGGUGCAGCUGGAAACUCUGAGGAUCGAGAACCAACAUCUGAAUGAUCUGCUGGAAAGUGUGGAGUCGAAGUCUACUAAGAAAGGGGACCCCUGCCUGGCCUCUCUGAGAGAGAGCUAUGUAUCAUCUCUGAGUAGCUUGGAGCAGGAGAACAGGCAGAUGAGACAGGAGCUAGCGGAGGUGAGAGCUCGCCUGGAGGCCUCUACACAGACCUGGCAGGACAAGCUAGACAGAUCCCUGCUACACAACCAGUCCAGGGCCGGUCCACGACAAGCACAGGACGGGAGUGCAGAGGAACUGCAGCAGAGACACAGAGAGGAGAUGUUAGCCAUGGAGGCUAGGAUGCAGAAGAACACCUCACACUACGAAGAGGAGAUCCAGCGCCUCCUCCAACAGCUGGAGGCCCUCUCCUCCUCAUCCUCACCUCACAGACACCACGGCCAGACCCUGGACCACAGGCCCAUCUCAUCCUCCUCUUCCUCCUCCUCCUCGUCCUGUAGAGAAAGCAGACUAGCCCGGGGGACAGCCUCAGCCGUUGUCUGUGUUCCUAAUGGACCUGCACCUCUACCUGUCUCUGUACCUGGUGGUGCUGAGGGCCAGUUGUCCAAUUCAGAGGAGGCUCUACACCUGCAGGCCAGUCAAGACAUACUAAACAUGGAGCGCUGUGUGGCUUCCCCUGCUGGCUCGGUGGCGUCCCGGUACCUGGAGGAGGAGAACCUGCGCUCCCAGGAGCUACUCCAGAGACUAGACGCUCACAUCCAGGGCAUGAGACAGGACAAUGUCAGGACCGUUUCUAAAUACCUGGGCCAUCCAGACGCCUCCUAACCCUCCUGACCAUCCAGACACCUCCUAACCCUCCUGACCAUCCAGACACCUCCUAACCCUCCUGACCAUCCAGACACCUCCUAACCCUCCUGGCCAUCCAGACACCUCCUAACCCUCCUGACCAUCCAGACACCUCCUAACCCUCCUGGCCAUCCAGACACCUCCUAACCCUCCUGACCAUCCAGACACCUCCUAACCCUCCUGGCCAUCCAGACACCUCCUAACCCUCCUGGCCAUCCAGACACCUCCUAACCCUCCUGACCGUCCAGACACCUCCUGGCCAUCCAGACACCUCCUAACCCUCCUGGCCAUCCAGACACCUCCUAACCCUCCUGGCCAUCCAGACACCUCCUAACCCUCCUGACCGUCCAGACACCUCCUGGCCAUCCAGACACCUCCUAACCCUCCUGACCAUCCAGACACCUCCUGACCAUCCAGACACCUCCUGACCAUCCAGACACCUCCUAACCCUCCUGGCCAUCCAGACACCUCCUAACCCUCCUGACCAUCCAGACACCUCCUGGCCAUCCAGACACCUCCUAACCCUCCUGGCCAUCCAGACACCUCCUAACCCUCCUGGCCAUCCAGACACCUCCUAACCCUCCUGGCCAUCCAGACACCUCCUAACCCUCCUGGCCAUCCAGACACCUCCUAACCCUCCUGACCAUCCAGACACCUCCUAACCCUCCUGACCGCCCAGACACCUCCUGACCAUCCAGACACCUCCUAACCCUCCUGGCCAUCCAGACACCUCCUAACCCUCCUGACCACCCAGACACCUCCUAACCCUCCUGACCAUCCAGACACCUCCUGGUCAUCCAGACACCUCCUAACCCUCCUGACCAUCCAGACACCUCCUAACCCUCCUGGCCAUCCAGACACCUCCUAACCCUCCUGGCCAUCCAGACACCUCCUAACCCUCCUGACCAUCCAGACACCUCCUAACCCUCCUGACCGCCCAGACACCUCCUGACCAUCCAGACACCUCCUAACCCUCCUGGCCAUCCAGACACCUCCUAACCCUCCUGACCACCCAGACACCUCCUAACCCUCCUGACCAUCCAGACACCUCCUGGUCAUCCAGACACCUCCUAACCCUCCUGGCCAUCCAGACUCCUCCUGACCAUCCAGACACCUCCUAACCCUCCUAACCAUCCAGACACCUCCUAACCCUCCUGACCAUCCAGACACCUCCUGACCAUCCAGACACCUCCUAACCCCCCUGGCCAUCCAGACACCUCCUAACCCUCCUGGCCAUCCAGACACCUCCUAACCCUCCUGGCCAUCCAGACACCUCCUGACCAUCCAGACACCUCCUAACCAUCCAGACACCACCUGACCCUCCUGGCCAUCCAGACACCUCCUAACCCUCCUGGCCAUCCAGACACCUCCUAACCCUCCUGACCAUCCAGACACCUCCUAACCCUCUUGACCACCCAGACACCUCCUGACCAUCCAGACACCUCCUAACCCUCCUGGCCAUCCAGACACCUCCUAACCCUCCUGACCAUCCAGACACCUCCUAACCCUCCUGACCAUCCAGACACCUCCUGGUCAUCCAGACACCUCCUAACCCUCCUGACCAUCCAGACACCUCCUAACCUUAACCCUCCUGACCAUCCAGACUCCUCCUGGCCAUCCAGACUCCUCCUGACCAUCCAGACACCUCCUAACCCUCCUGACCAUCCAGACACCUCCUAACCCUCCUGACCAUCCAGACACCUCCUAACCCUCCUAACCAUCCAGACACCUCCUAUCCCUCCUGACCAUCCAGACACCUCCUAACCCUCCUGACCAUCCAGACACCUCCUAACCUUCCUGACCAUCCAGACACCUCCUAACCUUCCUGACCAUCCAGACACCUCCUAACCCCCCCUGGCCAUCCAGACACCUCCUAACCCUCCUGACCAUCCAGACACCUCCUAACCCUCCUGGCCAUCCAGACACCUCCUAACCCUCCUGGCCAUCCAGACACCUCUUAACCCUCCUGACCAUCCAGACACCUCUUAACCCUCCUGACCAUCCAGACACCUCCAAACCCUCCUGACCAUCCAGACACCUCCUGACCAUCCAGACACCUCCUAACCUAACCAUCCAGACACCUCCUAACCCUCCUGACCAUCCAGACACCUCCUGGCCAUCCAGACACCUCCUAACCCUCCUGGCCAUCCAGACACCUCCUAACCCUCCUGGCCAUCCAGACACCUCCUAACCCUCCUGACCAUCCAGACACCUCCUGACCAUCCAGACACCUCCUAACCCUCCUAACCAUCCAGACACCUCCUAACCCUCCUGACCAUCCAGACACCUCCUAACCCUCCUGACCAUCCAGACACCUCCUACCCUCCUGACCAUCCAGACACCUCCUGACCAUCCAGACACCUCCUGACCAUCCAGACACCUCCUAACCCUCCUGACCAUCCAGACACCUCCUAACCCUCCUGACCAUCCAGACACCUCCUGGCCAUCCAGACACCUCCUAACCCUCCUGGCCAUCCAGACACCUCCUGACCAUCCAGACACCUCCUAACCCUCCUGACCAUCCAGACACCUCCUGACCCUCCUGACCAUCCAGACACCUCCUAACCCUCCUGACCAUCCAGACACCUCCUAACCCCCCUGACCAUCCAGACACCUCCUAACCCUCCUGACCAUCCAGACACCUCCUAACACUCCUGACCGUCCAGACACCUCCUAACCCUCCUGACCAUCCAGACACCUCCUAACCUUAUCCCUCUUGAACAUCCAGCUCACCUCUGGAGCGGUCAGUGACUGACCAGACAGACAGCUCACCUCUGGAGUCGUCACCAGAUAUGUGCCACUGACUGACUGACUGACCACCAACAGAGUCCAGGUUUCUCUAGUUCUAGGAGUAUUGGUGUGGCAGUUCUCUGGCUCUGUGUGUCUCUACAGACGGACCUGUUGGAAAGAUACGCUGUACAUGCGACUGGUGACAGUCUGUUGGUGAGUUAAUGUGUGUGAUUUAGUCCAGGGUGGUUUAGGUGUGUCUCUGAGCCCACUGACUCAACUCUACAGUGUCGUGGUGUGAGUUAGCGCCUGUAAAGCACUUUAGAAACGUACUGUAUUGCUAAGCCAAGUUAGUGGUGCUUAGAUUUCUCCUUGACAAUCUCUUUCCUUUUGUACCCGUUUGAGCGUCUUGUUUUUGUGUGGAUGUGGAAUGUAUUUUGGCGGUGCUGUUUGCAGUCUUUGUUUUUAUUGACAGUUUGCCUCCUGUGAUGUCAUCCAAACACCCAAGAUGGAAUGUAACUAUGUUUGUAAACAUAGAAAUAUAUAUUUUAAAUAUUUAAAACUUCAUUCUCCAA